GCUGACCAUCAUGCGAGCGUUCAUCAUCGAUCACUACGAACAUCCGUCGAAGCUGCAAAUUAACGCGAACGCUCCGGAACCGAAGCCAGGCCCCUCAGAGGUUGUUGUAGAUGUUUACAGCGCUGGCUUGAACUUCUUCGACAUUCUCCAAGCCCAGGGCAAAUACCAGCACCAGCCGCCUUUCCCAUUUGUUCUUGGUCACGAAUUUGCCGGACGUAUAGCCAAGGACUCACCCAUACCAAAGGGAUGCCCCUUCAGGCCAGGGGACCGAGUUUUCGGUGCUGCACAAGGAUGCUACGCGGAAAAGGUUACAGUACCCGUACCGAACCUCGUGCCCUUACCGGAUAACAUGUCAUACGACCAAGGAGCAGGGCUCUUCGUAACGUGGCCUACGAGUUAUGAAGCGCUGGUUGGCAGGGCGGAGCUCAAACCAGGUGAAUGGGUACUGGUUACAGCGUCUGCCGGAGGCGUCGGCAUAGCUGCGUGUCAGCUAGCGAAAGCACUCGGUGCUAAGGUUAUUGCUGCAGCUGGCUCUCCUGCAAAACUCGAGGUCUCGCGGAGGCAUGGUGGCGCAGACUAUACGGUCGAUUAUACAAAGAAGGAUUGGCAGAAAGAAGUUCUGAAAAUUACUGGCGGUAAAGGGGUUGAUGUUAUUUAUGACCCCGUUGGGAUGAUCAAAGAUUGCUUGAAAUGCAUUGCCUGGAAGGGUCGAGCACUAGUCAUCGGUUUUGCUGCAGGCAAGAUAGAGCAGCUCCCUCUCAACCUCGUAUUGCUGAAGAACAUCUCUAUCGUUGGUCUUCACUGGGGUGCAUACAGCAGGAACGAGACGUCACGGCCACCGGUUGUGUGGAAAGAACUUCUCGACCUGUUCCAAUCUGGCAAAUGCUCGCCAGUCGUCUAUGACAAGGUGUAUCCGCUUGAGGACCUCGUGAGUGGUCUGAAUGACCUUGAACAACGGAGGACAUGGGGGAAGGCUAUCGCGCGAGUUAGGCCUGAUGAUCGAAAUGUCAAUAAGGCCAAGUUGUAAUGUAGGACCAUCCAGGAAACGUAUUUCCAGCUUUCUUCAUGUGAUUUACACCUCUGUAUCAAUUUGCGUAUGCAAUCCCC